AUGGAGCAGGGCACGGAGCAGGGCAUGGAGCAGGGCACGGAGCAGGGCACGGAGCAGGUGUCAGAGUGUUUCCCAGAGACCGUGGCUGUCCCCUGGGAGAUUCAUGGCCCGGAAAAGGAAAUCAAAGGAGUGGCCAGGGGCCAAACACACACCACGGUGCAGUGCAAACCACCCCAGGAGUUCAGCUUCGGGCCCCGGGCCCUGAAGGAUGCCCUGAUCUCCUGCGACCUGGCCCUGAAGCAGCUCUAUACCUCAGCCUUCUCCCCGUCAGAGAGGCUCUUCCUGUCUGAGGCCUACAACCCUCACCGGACUCUCUUCAGCACACUGCUCAUUCACUCAGCCUUUGACUGGCUCCUGAGCCGCCCAGAGGCCCCUGAGGAUUUUGAGACCUUCCAUGCCUCUCUGCAGCUCCGGAAGCAGAGCCUGGCCCGGAAACACAUUUACCUGCAGCCCAUAGAUCUGAGUGAGGGGCUGGCGGGAUGCCCCCUGCUGGACCACCUUCGGAGCUUCGCGGAGGCUUUCUUCCUGGGCCUUCGAGUUAAGUGCCUGCCCUCGGUGGCUGCUGCCUCCAUAAACUGCUGCUCAAGACCCAGUCGGGAUAAUGAUGGGCUCCAGCUUCACACAGAUGGCAUCUUGUCUUUCUUGAAGAACAACAAGCCGGGGGAUGCACUGUGCGUGCUGGGCCUCACGCUGGCUGACCUGUACCCCCAUGAUGCCUGGACCUUCACCUUUGGCAGAUUUCUUCCAGGACAUGAAGUGGGCGUGUGUAGCUUCGCUCGCUUCUCUGGGGAGUUCCUGCAGGUCCGGUCCAGUGUUCCUGACCCAGCUUUGUCAGAGGCAGCAGCAGCAGGCGGCCCUGAGAUGCUGCCACGUGAGGGAGGACGGACCCUGUGCUUCAGUGCCCUGGGCAUGGUUCAGUGUUGCAAGGUCGCCUGCCAUGAACUCUGCCACCUCCUGGGCCUGGGGAGCUGUCGCUGGCUCCGUUGCCUCCUGCAGGGGGCGCUUAGCCUGGAUGAGGUGCUCCGGCGGCCCUUGGACCUCUGUCCCAUCUGCUUGAGGAAACUGCACCACCUCCUGGGCUUCAAGCUCCUGGAGAGGUACAAGAGACUCCAUACUUGGACUCGGGUGAUGGUGGAGAUAUGGUCUGGUCAAGAGGCUGGGGAGCCAUCUGUGUCAGAGGACACCUUGCCCUUCAGUGCUGACUCCGGCAUGGGCUGUGAGAGUGACACAGAGCCUGUCACCAGCCCAUCAGAGCCAGUCACCCCUGACGCGUGGAGUCAUACUUUCCCUGAUGGGCCUGAACCAAUGUCUGAGGAUGGACUGAGCUCUCUCGCGGCCUCAGAAGUGUUGCUGAAACUCGGGGGGCCUGUGGAUGCCUUGGAGGAGUACGGACAGUGGCUGGGUGCAUGCAUCCAGGCCCUGGAGAGGGAGGUGGCUGAAGAGGAGCUGGUCCAGGUGGAUGCAGCUGUGGAUGCCCUGGGCCGGUGGGAGAUGUUCACAGGGCAGCUCCCGGUGACCAAGCUGCAUGUCCCCUGUGGCAAGGAUAAUGUGGGACUGCGCAGGAUCCUGGGGGACAAGUUCUCCUCCCUGAGGCGGCGGCUGAGCUCUCGCAGACUUGCGAAGGCCAGUUCUUCCCACUGCCGCUGGGGGGCGGAGAACUAACACAGGGAGAUGGACCACCCAAUGUGGAGGAAGAAGUUAGUUCUUGGCAUUUUUUUUUUUAUCUCUUGAGGAUACUAAUCAUCCAGGGGUGCCCAUUGACUGAGGGUACUCUGGUAUCUGCAGGGUUAAAACAAAGGUUGCCCAGAAGCUAAAGAAACGAGUGGGUGCUUGACCACAGGGUCCUCAUGUUGUGUGACCAUAGCUGGGAGGCAGGGGGAGGUUGUUACAUGCUUAGUUCUUCCCUGCAGGAGGGGACUCUGGUCUGUCUAGUUACUCACAGCCAGAGCCCUGGGCCACCCUGCAGCAUGGGCUAUGUGGCUGUAUAUAUAUGUUUGUAUCUCUGUGUGUCUGUGCACGUGAGUGCAGUUGCCCACAGCCACCAGAAGAGGGAAUCAGAUGUCAUUACAGGAAGCCGUAAGCCACCCUAUGUGAGUGCUUGCAAUUGAACUCAGGUCUUCUCCUCUGCAAGUGCUGCACACACCUCUAAUGUCUGAGCCAUCUCUCCAGCACCAACAUUGUAUUUUGACCUGUGUUGCUCACACGGGGUUCUUUUCCGGGACUAGAAUGACUUUCUGCUCACCAGGGCUGGCAUAGGUGUCUUUGAGAAGCUCCUGGAGAAAUUUGUGCCCUCCGAGGCUGGCAGAAGUGAGGGUGAUGGGGUUAGCCGUGGAAGGCAGGGGGUACUUCUCCAACCCUGGGGCUGCUGCCACCAGUUAGGUCAUUGUGGUAUUUGGGGCUCAGCCCUUUUGUCUCCUGUCUCCAUCUAUAUAAACUCCUGACAUAGGAUGUUAAAAUUAUCCAUCCACA